AUGUCGAUCAAUGUCUGCGCAAACUGCGGAGAACUAUUUCAUGCAUGUCUGCUCAAUAGCGCAGCACUAGGCGAUGAUCCCAUGCUCCCAUCCAGGUUGCUGGGAGGCCUUGGCACACCGAAGCGAUGGGUCCGGGAUAUGCCAUGUGGUCUGAAGGCCUACACCCACAGAGAAAACUUCUAG